AGUAGGGUUGGCAGGCGAGCACGCAGUAAUGUCUACCUCCAAAACGGCGAAAGUAAAUGCAUGCCAAUCUGAUGAUGAUCCCACUACCAUGCAUCGCAUGCCGCCAUUGAUUAGCUCACCUAACUCCAACAAGAACAACAAAGAAGAAAUUAACAGGAGUAGAGUACACUUUGCAUUAGACAUCCACCAAGAAGAAACGAGCUCGAUCGCUCUGAAGCCAUCAAUGGCGAUGGGGUCCUCCUCAUUACUACGCGGCACCGUCCUCCUCGUCGCCGCCGCCGUCGUCCUCGCAUCGGCGCCCGUCUCGCCCGGCGGCGGCGGGGUGGACACGGUGGCGGAGUCGUGCAACGCCAUCAGGGACUUCGUGGAGGUGGCGUUCUGCGAGGCGGCGCUGCGGUCGAGCGGCCCUGGCGCCGCCACGGCCGACCGCCACGGCCACCUCCUGAUCGCGGCCGACCUGGCCGCGGCGCGCGGGGACUCGGCGAGGGACGACGCCGUGGCGGCGGCGGCGGCGGCGCGGGCGAGCGGCGGCGGAGAGCGGGACGGGCUGGAGGCGUGCGGCAUCCUGUACGGGUCGUCGGUGGCGGCGGUGCGGCUGAUGCGCGGGUACGCGGCGGCGCGGAGCUGGGAGGCGGCGAGGUCGCUGCUGUGGCUGUCGGGGCAGGCCGGGAUGGGGUGCGCGGCGGCGCUCGACUCGCCGGCGCCGGGGAUGGACAGGGCCAACGAGGAUUUCAGCCGGCUCACCACCAUGGCCACCGCGCUGCUCAACAGCGUCGCCGCCACCAGCGGCUGAGCUCUCCGCUAGCUCCGGCCACGGCUGACGUGGCAUGACAUCAUCAUCCCAUCGAUGCAUGACGUGGCACUCUUUUUUCUUUCUCUUUUUUUUUCUUUUGCCUUUUUUUUUAUGGUAGUAGAGAUGUUGUGGGAGUUGUUUGAUGUAAUGUAAGCUGGUGACAUAAAUAAAUAAUGGCAAUUGCAUUUCAAAUCAGAUUAAAAAGCUUG